AGAGCCUUGUUCACAAGAGCCCUGUUCACAAGAGGCAGGUUAGAUUUGUGGAAGCUAGAGGAGCUCCCCUGCAUACAUUCUAACCUGCGUUUUCAAGCAAAUCGGACUUCCAGUCCAUUAUAGCUGCGUAAUGUCGUCCGAAAAUCUAUCAGAUACUCAGAUGGAAUAUGAGGAUGAAAAACAGGACUCUCAGGAAAAGAAUGCCAACCUUGUGAAGGGUGAAGAGGUCAAGCUGAAGGCCAAGUACCCCGGCCUGGGCCAAAAGCCUGGAGGCUCCGACUUCCUCAUGAAGAGGCUACAGAAAGGGCAAAAAUACUUUGACUCAGGUGACUACAACAUGGCCAAGGCCAAGAUGAAGAACAAACAGCUGCCUGUGGCGGGCCCCGACAAGAACCUCGUCACAGGGGACCACAUUCCCACGCCACAGGACCUGCCCCAGAGGAGGUCCUCCUUGGUGACCAGCAAACUAGCAGGCUAGCCUAGCCUCCACCCAUCCACCAGGCCCCCAGCUAACGUUCCUCACCUGUCCCCCAACAAUGUUCCCCCCCCUAGUCAUCUCCAGGCUCCACUUGGCUUUAACAUAUCGGGGAGAGCUGUGAAAGUCGGUACAUAUUGCUUGUAUGGUGGGGAGGGGAGGUGAGCUGGGACCUUUUCUACCAUCACUCCACACAGCUCUGCCCUCUGCGCACUCUGCUCUACCGCCUCCCUUAUGUCUUGGUUUGGUGUUCAGAGGUACAUAAAGUAGAUGUGCCAUCGGGGAGGCUGAGUUUAAUGCACUUUGUAUUAUGUACAGUACGUUUUUACAUCCCGAACGACACCAAAAUAUGUUGUUGACGAGGGAGUUGCGAACCAUGAUCGCUCCACAUUUUUCGAUGUUGUGUUCUCGUCAAAGCUGGGUGUAGAUGUUUGCGUAUUUUGCUUGCACACCAAAUCUGGGAGGGAAGGGAACCAUGGUGAAGUAUCCAGAAGGGAGUGGUAAUCAGAGGGAAAUGUGGAAACUGAUUUGUGGUUUCCUUUAUCUCAUGUUCUGUCAAACAAAAAUCCAAGGUCGUCCACGCUGACCUGAACGAACAGAUAUGAAACUGCACAUUUUCUGCUCAUGUCGCUUUAAUUCUUGACUCCCUGUUGCUCUUCUUUUUUAAAUAUGCUGCAUGAUUGUAACAUGUAACGAAAUGUGCAAAUCUGGAGGGGUUAGACGACUGAUAGGAAGUAGCACGCAACCAAAUGGAGCCCUGGAAUGUCCAUGGUCACUCUCCACACCUUCCCUCCCUCUCAAUGUCCUGACAAUCCACACACUCUGUCUGUAGGCUGCCCAUGGCAAAAGCAAUGGCAAAGCAAACUGAAUACCCAUGUAUAAUUUUUAAGGCUGGGAAAAGAAGCAACUGUUUAAUAUUCAAGUUAAAUCUCAGUUCUGUGGCUAUUACAUCAAAUCAAAAAGCCUAAAUGAUUUGUUGGGGAUCAAUUCGGUGUAUAUUUCUGUAUUGUGUUGAGAAAUUUGACAUUUGUUAUGAUUUGUGUCUUCAUAAAGGGUUGUUUGUUCAUUG